CUCUUUUGUCCGCUCGUGCUUUCCGUAGUCCAAGUUUUACAUUAGCAACCCAUGCUAUGUUUACAAGGCUAUUCAUCCUUGAUUUCUGUGUCAUCAAGCACUGUUUUAGAAGUGAACUAUUUAACCUCUUUCAACACUAACGUCGUUUGAAGAAGAGUUAAAAAUGGCGGACCAUGCCCCCUCUGUUGCCAUGGAAGCAGUUCUGAAGCCCAGCUCUGACCUCCCGGAAGAUAUGCCGAAAAUCCGAGGCUACGACUUCAACCAGGGCGUUGAUCUGAAGGCGCUGCUGAAGACCUACCUGAACACAGGCUUUCAGGCCAGCAGCUUUGCUCUGGCUGUCCAGGAGAUCAACAAGAUGAUAGAGAAACGCCUCGAGCUGUCAGAGCUAGGUGAAGAAAAUGAGUCUGAGGAGUACUGCGAAUCCUCAGGCAAGUCCGGCUGCACCAUCUUCCUGGGAUACACCUCCAACCUCAUCAGCUCUGGAGUGAGAGAGAGCAUCCGCUACCUGGCAGAGCACAAAAUGGUGGAUGUGAUUGUCACCACAGCUGGAGGCAUUGAGGAGGAUUUCAUCAAGUGUAUGGCUCACACUUACUUGGGAGAUUUCAGUCUUCCUGGCAAAGAUCUGCGCCUGAGAGGCAUUAAUAGAAUAGGGAACCUUCUGGUGCCCAAUGAUAACUACUGUAAGUUUGAAGACUGGCUGAUGCCCAUUCUGGAUCAAAUGUUACUGGAGCAAAACACAGAGGGAAUCCGGUGGACUCCCUCUAAAAUGAUCCAUCGGCUCGGUAAGGAGAUAAACAACCCUGACUCAGUCUACUACUGGGCUUACAAGAAUAACAUUCCAGUGUUUAGCCCUGCACUCACUGACGGCUCUCUGGGCGACAUGAUCUACUUCCACUCGUUUAAGAACCCCGGCCUUGUUCUGGACAUCGUAGAAGAUAUUCGGAGGCUGAAUGGGAUGGCAGUUUUUGCCAAGAAGACGGGAAUGAUCAUCCUGGGAGGAGGCUUGGUGAAGCAUCAUAUAGCCAAUGCUAACCUCAUGAGGAAUGGAGCUGACUACGCUGUAUUUGUGAACACGGGCCAGGAGUUUGAUGGUUCGGACUCAGGGGCCCGACCUGAUGAGGCUAUAUCCUGGGGAAAGAUCAGAACAGACGCCAAACCGGUCAAGGUGUAUGCAGAUGCCUCUUUGGUUUUCCCGCUCAUCGUUGCUGAGACCUUCGCCCUACAAGCUGACAAGCUGACAGCGGGACAGAAAGCAGAUUAAAUGGAUCAUGCAGCCUUAAAUGUUCAGUUAAACCAUCUUCCUGCUUUAGUCUCUUAGUUAUGUUUGUUUUUCCACAUGAAUGAUAAUAUGAUAUGCUGCUUUUCAUGCUCUUUUUUUAAUAGAUUAUUACAUUUUGGGUCAAAGUCUUUUUAAUGCUUCCCUUGACGUUUUGGUUGUGUAAAUAAGUUGUUUUUUUUUCUCUCUUUACCUUCAAGACGGUUGGAAUAGCAAGCCUGUAAUGCUAUUGCAUGUACCAAAGAGAUUUCCUAGAAUGUAUUUGGAUUUUAGCUUUAGGCUCUGGAUAUGUUGAGGCUGGACUUAUUUAUACACUUGAUGCAUGGCUGCUAUUAGGAACUUGUCCUAAUGAAUUCUUAGUUUUCCUGUUUGACAGUUCAUUUUAAUGUCUUUGUGUUUGGGUUUUAGUUUAAUAAUUCAGAAAACAAUAUCUAACCCUGAAUGAAAUGCUGUUAUUUUAAUUUUUCUGUGUGUUUGAUCUAUGUGGGAAAACCAUGGAAGUGCAGCUUGUGACACCGAGUUGCGCAUGAGGUUUGUAAAUAGUGUAAAAAGAGAAGUUUGGAGAGAAUGUUCUGUGCAUUUGGGGUGUUUUAAGGAAUAAUACAGUUAAGACAUUGUCUGUGAUGUUAAAAACAAUUUUCAUCCCUUUGUUUGGUUUAAGAUUGUCCCAAGAAGUCAUAGUCAAUGGGAAGAUAUUUUAUGAAUAAUUUAGUUUUGCAUGGAGACAAUUUGUUGGCUUUGAAAGUGAAAUAUUCUUCCAGUCUGACCGAGUAAAGGAUUUCAGAAUAACCUUUGCUUAAGUUCCUGUUUUUUUUUUUAUUUCUAAAUGUUUUCAAGGCUUUCUGUUCCAUGUACAAAUCUAGAAUGUUGUUUUAUUUUCUGGC